AGGAUGACGAGCCAUAUGCUUCAUUUCUCUCCUGGUUUGUCUUGAAACCUCCCACUGGCUCUUCUGGUUCCUUGGCUGAAAUACUGGUAUACACUGCAGUACAAGGAGAGACUCACAAAGCUAGGUGUAUCAGGAUUCCACCUCUCUGACAAACUUGCAGCUAAGAGAUGCUAAGAAUCAUCACCAUCCUACUCGUCACUCUGGCCUUGAAUUCUGUGUACAUCCAGGGACAUGGAAAAGUCGUAGGAACAAAGAAAUGCCAUUUGCAGCAUCAAGUCUGGAGAGAAUGUGGAAGCUCCUGCCCAAGGAAUUGUGAAAAUUAUCUAGCCCCUAAAGCCUUCUGCUCCAUGAGCUGCGUCCCUGGCUGCUUCUGCCGUGUUCCAUUCAUAUUUUAUAAAGGAAAUUCUGGAAUCUGCGUUCUCCCCAAGAAUUGCUCCUUGUACGUUAUUGAGGCCACCGGACGACUACCACAAGCCACAGAAGGUAAUAGAUGCACAGAGGCCAACCAGUCUUGGGACAAUUGUGGGACCGCUUGUCCAAAGAACUGCGAGUUGCUCAGAAGUGGACCAAUCCCGUGUACCAUGAACUGUGUCCCUGGCUGCUACUGUAAGAGCCCCUAUAUAUUCCUGUCAGGUAACUCCGGUCCAUGCAUCUUACCGGAGAAAUGCCCCCAAAAAAUUCACACUGGAAAGACGUCAAAGAGGCAAAAAAAGACAUAAAUAGGGUGAGCUGGACGACACAGAAGUCCUGGUCAUAGCUUGACUAUUGCUGAACACAAUGACUGCUCAGGAUUAAAGAUGGGUUUUAAAAACUUCA